UCCGGGAGUGGACUUCAAAAGUUGUCGCGUCGCUGAGCUCAGCUUCACUUCGGCCGCUUCCAUGCCAGCUUCCCCGCUGCUUCCCUUGUCCUAGGUUUCCUAUAAAUUGCCCACGAUAUGGCAAAGACCCGCCGAAUUCAUUCGCACUCACAAGCUCGACAACGAGAAGCCAAAAAAAGUUGGCGCACCACGUACUGUCCAGUUCUAGUGCAAAGUUCGAGCUAGCAGAGAAGACAGAGACUCGCCAUGGCGCUGGCCACCCCGACGGCCGUGGUGCUGGAGCUGAUGACCAUGGGGCAGCAGUCCGCGGCGCACCUCCGGGACCUGCUCCGGGCGGCGUCCCCGCCUGUGCAAGCGGAGCACCAGGCUCUCGCCGCCGAGAUCCUCCGCUGCUGCGACCGGGUGAUCGCCGCGGUGAGCGCGGGCGCCGCCGAUAAAAAGAGGAAGGCAGCGGACCCUGGCGCCACAUCCUGCCAUCCGCCCAUGGCCGCCAUGCCGUCCAAAAGAAGGGUGCGUGGCGCGGAGGCGCACAGAGAGGUCCAUGCCGACACGACGGCGGACGGGUUCGUGUGGAGGAAGUACGGGCAGAAGGACAUCAACGGAAGCAACCACCCUAGGCUCUACUACCGCUGCGCGCUCAGCGGCGAGGGCUGCCGCGCGACCCGGCGGGUGCAGCGGUCGCAGGAGGAGCCCGCGGCGUUCGUGAUCGCCUACUACGGCGAGCACACCUGCGGAGCCGCCUUGUGUCAGCAAAGGGCGGAGCCACUGCCUCCUACUGUCGUCGACUCCGGCUCAAACGCUUGGGGAGUCUUCGGUGCCGUCGACCGGAACAGGGGCUCGCCUCUGCUGCCGUCGCUCGGAGCCGAGCAAGGCGCCGUGCGCCGUCACGUCGAGGCGCCCGGUGACACGUCGCGGCGAUGGUCGUCGCCGUCGUCCUCCUCAUCCUACUCCUCCGAGGUGGAACUUGGUGCUUCUCCUGUCGAGGGGUUCCUCGAUGGCAACUUCGACUGGGAGUGGGAGACCGUCGUCAACUCGCUCAGCUUCCGCGAUCUGCUUCACUAGAGCACAGUAGAUUGCACGACCUGUGCACUGUUUAGUGGACAGAUCUGGAGCACAUCGGCUGUCGCAGUGUGACUAAUGAGUAGUGAUGAUGUACGGGGGUGGGUGAGAGGUUCCAGCUGCAAGAGCUUGUGAUGUAGAGUUGGCUAAUCAAAUUGGUUGCAAUACUAAGCAUUUGUUCAGCAAAA